AUGUUGGACAUUGAAUCUAGCUCCUUUUCUUGGAACACGCUAUCUUCCCUUCACCACACUGAACAUAGCAGCAGUGCUGAACAGUCUGAGGACGAAAUGAAUAAAGCAUUAGAAGUUACCGUGAAUUCUGGGGGUGUAGUAUUUUUUGCGCUAUUCAACCAACCUGAAAAUGAUGAAUCUUCCCCAGAGGAAGCAGCAGCUGUUAUCAAGAUAUCAUCUUCAAGGAUGGCCACACAAUCAGAACGCCUUGGCUAUGAAUUCGCAAAAUGGCUAGGUGUCCGAACUCCGCAAGCUAGAGUCAUUCACAAUUCUUGUCCAGAGUGGCUGCAGAUUAAAGAAGCUGCAGAUAAAGCAAGAGAUGCUGCAAUUUCAGAGGGAGAUGAAGUUGGUGAAGUGACAUGUUCAGAACUUCUAGAGGCUCUUGAACUUAGCCGAUGCCUUUUCCUGAUGAAUUACGUGCAUGGAUCUCCUCUAUUGGAAAGCUCCAAUGCAUUUGAUUCACGAGAAGCUGCAGAUAGAACAGCGGCAGCCCUUGGCAGGAUCUUGAUGCUGGACCUUGUCAUCAGAAAUGAAGAUAGGCUCCCUUGCCGUCAUCUCAGGUGGCGCGGGAAUUCUGCUAACUUAUUAUUGGCUGAUAAAAUGGCGUCUGCAAAUAUGGGUGCAAUGGAGGCUACCUUCGAUUCUGCAAUUGAGAGAUAUAGGCCAAGUAUAAUUCGGGCGCUUCAAAAAGAAAGACAGGCAACAUCAAUAGAUUGCAGGCUGGGACCUCAUAAUUCAGGAUUAGUAUCGCCGAGUUCUGAUCUUUCUGAUGUUACAGAAUCUCCAAAAUCCAGAAAUAUUAGUCUAAAAAAUCAGAUUCCAAGUGAAAUUACAAGUUCUGAUUUUCAUAUCGUGGCUAUUGAUUCUGGGGUUCCUCGAAGACCACCUGCUGGAAAACGUGCCAAUGACCAGGCAAAUUAUCCUAAGCUAGUUGAGCUCCUCAUCAACAGUUCUGAGUAUGCAUCAAAUCUCUUACAUGAGAUAACUGGAGGGAGAUUAGGAUCUCCACCAGAAGAUUCUGAUACACUUAUUGAUUUGCGUUCAAAAGAUAUGGCUUCAGUUCAUGAAUUUCGAGGUGGGUUUCGUGCAGCUCUCAGGGACUUGCAGGGAUUUCAUAUAUUCCUUCUUACACUUCACCAAAAACUGGAUAGCCUCCUACGAGCAUUUCUGAAUAUUAUAAAUAGGACUUCCACUGGAGAUUUUGACAAAGAAGAUUUGGUGGUUGCUGAGUCUCUCUCACAGGCUACAGGGGCUAGUCAUAAUUGCCCUUCUCCACCAAUUAAAGAACGGAUCAUUGCUGAUAACCAUCCAGAUUUAAUGGAUUCGGAGUUGCAAAGAACAGCUCCUAAGUCGUCAUCAUCGGGAUCUAAAGAAAGCUCAGACUCUGGUUCUCCCAUCUCACGGGAUAAUUGGCAUGGAAAGAUGAGCAAGGGGAGUGGAGAGCCUCUUCGUAGCCUGCGUAUGACAUCAAAGCUCCGUGACUUCCACAAAUUGGCUAAAGUGGAUGUGGAACUAAACAAAGAGUUAGAACAAUGGAAUGAAAUGCUUAAAAAUGAUGCAGUUAAGCUAUGUCAGGAGAACAACUUCCAUACAGGGUUUUUUGAGUGUAGUGAUAGCAAUUGUGUCGUUGAUGCUUAUGAGUUGAAGGUCAGGCUAGAGCACAUUCUUGAGAGGAUAGCGUUGAUUUCAGAUGCUGCAAAUACAGAAAAGCCAUCAUCAAUUUCAACUAAUCUGUUCAUCGGUGGGGCGCUGGCUGCGAGAUCUGUGUACACUCUGCAACACUUGGGAAUUACACAUAUAUUGUGCUUGUGCUCUAAUGAAAUUGGACAAUCAGAUUCCCAAAAUCCUGAGUUAUUCGAGUAUAAGAAUUUUUCUAUAUGUGACAAUGAAGAUACAAACAUCGACGAAAUCUUUGAGGAAGCACAUGAUUUCAUUGAUCACGUUGAACAACUAGGUGGGAAGGUUCUGAUUCAUUGCUUUGAGGGGAGAAGUAGAAGUGCAACAUUAGUUCUUGCUUACUUGAUGCUCAGAAAGAACUUCUCGUUAUUGGAAGCAUGGAAUACCCUGAGACGAGUUCACCGACGUGCCCAACCCAAUGAUGGAUUUGCUAAGAUUCUUUUGGACCUAGAUAGGAAGUUGCAUGGGAAGGUUUCCAUGGAAUGGCAAAAACGGAGACCAGUUAUGAAGGUCUGUCCCAUCUGUGGAAAAAAUGCUGGCUUGAGUAGCAGCUCGCUAAAGCUUCAUUUGCAGAAAUCACACAAGAAACUAUCAUCAGGGAGUGUGGACAGUGCCAUGACAAUGGAAAUACAAAAGGCCUUGGAAGCACUUAAGGUUAGUCGUGGUGGAAGUGUUAGCCCUACACAAAGGACAUCAUCUCAUUCAAUGAUAGGUGAAUCGGAAUAUUAA